AUGCAGCUGAUCCAGCUGGAAGCUGCAGUCUUGCUUGGCAUUGUGAUUCCUCACAUAACCAGCAUCACAUCUCCAGUUUCGGACUGUUUGGCUGAUUUGAAUACCUGCAUGUCAGAUUUAUGCGAGAGUGAGCGGGCAUUUUACAACAGCAUCUGUGACGAUGAAGGGUGCCAAAUAAAAGGCUCUGAGGUCUGUAACAUGACCAUCCAGACCAUACUGGACCAAUUUCCUUCUCUACAAGGGUGUGUGUGCGCCCAGGAGGAGGAUCUUUGUGAUUCUAUACAAGUGUUGGCCUCACAAUGCCGCAGAAAGCCAGUUCAGCAGAAGAGGAGCACAAUGAUGGACUGGCAGUCAAGCAGUUUAUUAAACUCUGUGUACGAUGAUACUGGAUCCUGCUUCGACCGAAUAGGACUUUGUCUCAGUGAUGCGGUUUGCAACAGACACCUAGUACCUGUUCUUCAGGCAUGUACGAAGGGGCAGUGCGACAGCCAACGCUGCCAACAAGCAACUCAGCAGUUCUAUGGCAACAUGCCGCAAAAUGUUGCCGAGAUGCUGGUCAUGUGCGAGUGUGAGCCUUCCGAUCAGAGCUGCCUGCAGAUGAAAACUGGUCUGCAAAGUGGCACAUGUGGAGACGAGACUUGGAUCUGCCAGGAGACAUUCUACCAGUGUGUUGUGGACAGUCAAUGCAGAGAACGACUGGAUGCUUUCCAAGCCAAAUGUUGGAGCUCUGAAGAUGCACUAUGCAGUGAGGGCAGCCUCCAAAGACAUGAAUGUUUCAGCCAGAUGGAUCCGGUUCUCAUGCAAGGCACGGAUUCUGAAUGCAAAAUGGCAUUCUUGGCAACUAUAGGCACAACACUUCACCAUCCUUGUACAUGCAAAGGAGUUCACAAUGAUGAGCUGCUGACGUGCAACAUCAUUCAUGAUGUGUUUCAUAACAGAUCAUGCUUCAGUGCAUUGUGGAAAAAUGUUGCUAGUCCCUCUAAACCUCCUGAUGUCAAUGAUUCUGAACAAACACGGUCACAUGAUUAUCUGUUGUAUGCUUUUGCAACAGUGCUACUUUUUGGAGUUGUUAUAUUAUUGCCUCUGGCUGUUGUCAGUAAAAUAUGGAUGCUAAGACGGAGAGAUAAAACAAAAUUUCACCAUCCACAGAAAAGCAGUUGUGUUGUAAUUUUCUGAUGUGUAUUC